UGUUCAACUGAAAUGGGCGUGAAGUUUUUUAGCUAGCCGCCGUGUGAUCAUCUGGGAUCCUGCUCGUUUUCGGCGGCGCCCAGCAGAAACGACACAGUAAAUUGCGUGUAGAGCUUACAGCAUUAACACCGGACUCAGUUUACUUAAAGUGUAGGAGCCUCGGUCGCCCUCAGCCUGAUGGACGGAGCCGUUUAGCCGCUGCAGACCCGGACUCUGGACAUGGCAUUGUGGCUACUGGCGUAUGCUAACGUAGCUAAGCUAUCCGGCUAGUUAGCGUUAGCUGGGUAGUUGGCUAGUCUGUAGCAUAAUGCUUGCAGCGUUGUGUUAGCUGCGGAUAGGCUAACGUUAUCACCAGUUUACAGCAGCGUCGUUACAUUAACGUCAGCCACGUUAGACUAAUUAGGACACUCGGCUGUUAACGAACAGGUUGGACAGUUUGGCUGACUUUACGCGUUAGCAUGCGAGUGUAGUUUCAGGUCGCCAGGCUCUGCUGCUUUGCACCGCUGACCAGCUGCUUGCUAGCUCGCAGUUACCGGGCAUUGUGGGGGUAUGUAGCCAUGGUAUGCUAUGCUAACCAUCAUCAGCAAAGUUGGUAACUGGCCGUAACGUUAGAGGAAACGUUAGCACAGGCCGGUUUUGGCUGAUGGUACUGUCGUGAUAUUACCGAGCUAGUUGUGUUUGACAGCUUAAGUAUGUUAGUGGUUGAAUUACCACCGACCAGUGGGCCUUGCAGUUUGCUGUGAGUGAAGUAACGCUAGCUUGUUUGUUUGCCUGUACCCAGCCUCAGCACAGCUACCUGACUGGUCAACCCGUUUCUCUAAACAUGUAAAGUUGCAAUAGCUAAUUUCGAGGUUUCUGGGGGGCAGCUAGCCAGCAACACUGAGUUGGUCAGCCAGUUGAAUUAGUCCCAUGAGCUUCAUCUAGCAAGAUGAACAACCCUGGAGUCAUGCCACAAGAAAAGAUGGAGCUGGACUUGGAUAUUCCCUCUUCGCUAGUUCAGAGCGAUGGACACUUGAGAAGAUCCAACAGUGCACCCAUGAUAAAUGGCUUAAGUGAUAAUUCCCAGGUGUUUCAGAGAGAGGUUCUACGCAGCAGGAGAAAUAGCACUACAGUUGUGAACAGGCCCAAUAUGGUCCCUUCAUCACCCAUUCGCGUUCCCAGCACCAGACUCCAUCAGAUCAAACAAGAAGAGGGUGUAGAUGUGAUGAACAGAGAGACGGCUCAUGAGCGGGAGGUUCAAGCUGCCAUGCAGAUGAGCCAGUCCUGGGAGGAAAGCCUCAGUCUGAGUGACAAUGACUUGGAGAAGUCUGCAUCAUCAUCUCCAAAGCGCAUUGACUUUGUGCCUGUGUCCCCUGCCCCGUCUCCAACCAGAGGGAUAGGAAAGAAGCAGUGUUUCUCCCCUUCACUACAAAUCCUUGUGAGCAGUAAUGGCCUAACGCCCAGCCCAAUACCCAGCCCAACACGGCGCUUCAGCCGACGGAGUCAAAGCCCAAUCAACUGCAUCAGAGCGAGCAUACUUGGGCCAAUAAAACGCAAAGGGGAGAUGGAAACAGAAAGCCAGCCUAAGAGGCUCUUUCAGGGUACCACCACCAUGCUGUCAUCUGACGUCUCCAACCUGUCAGAUCUCAGUUCCUGUCACUCCCCAGAUCUGCUGGAUGGCAGCCUCAGCAGUGUGAGCUCCUCCACCGGGUCCCCUGGCAAGAUGGAGGGAGUGUCACCCUCAUCCAGCAACUCGCCCUUUGCUUCCCUCCAGGAUCUGUCACCCAAGUGAACACGGGAUUGCAAGAGACACUAAACGAGGACAAAGAUGGGCGCCAAAGCCUAUUUCUCUCCACAGAGCGAGUUUCCUUGUCAGACCCUCUGCCUCUCUAUCACCUAGAUUUAGUUAAAGUGGAAUUUCCAUGUUUGCGUUUGAAAGGCUGUUCUCAUGGCUGCAUUUGGUAGGGUCUAGGUAUGUCUGAACGAAAGGAAACGAAAGCCAUGGAUGUGUUCUUUGUAUGUAAAGGUGCACCUGGUAAAAUGGGGGAAGGACUGAAGACACUAAGCACCAGCUGCUAGUUAUGGAUCUUUUAUGGUGCUUAGCCCCAUAAUGAUAUUGUGUUUGUAUGUAUGACUAUCCUGCAAAUGUAUCAGACCAGUUGGCUUCACUGGAGAGAGACAUUGAGCACUGGACAAAACAUGACUAUUUGGAUGUGUAGAAUGCCCUGUUUUGUGCUGGAAAACUCAUGUCCACAGGCCUUUGUAUGUACACAGUCUGCAGGUUUUGUAUGAAAGGAUUUAACUUAUUGUUUUCCUGCUUUGUAAGUAUGUACAUAUUAACCAUGUCAAAUAUCAUACAAGUUUUUGAUUGGCUGUGAGGUGAAUGCGGGCACAGGGCUUCAACAGCAAAUUUUUUCUUUGUAAAGGAGCAGAUAAGGAAAAGCUAAAUGCUUCUGGGGUUCAAACAUGGUGGUUUCCUCACUGUUAUACUGUAAAAAAAAAAGUUAUGUUUUCAGUGGAUAUUCAGAAUAUUUUUAUGGUAUAGGCUGUGAACUGUGGUGAAAUUUUGUACUUUUGGCACUUCGCCAGUUCUCUGAACUUGCUGCAAUUAUAAUUGCCCAGUUAAGGCAAUUAACUCACCUAGCAGAUAAUCAUGGUAAGAAAAAGAAGGUGGUCACCACUGUUGGGUUUUCAACACUAAAGGCUACUCUGAAUCCUGUAUUCUUGUCAGGAUGUUAUUGUAGAUAUGCAGAGUAUAGUUGAUUAUUCUGUUUUCUUCCUCAAAAUGCCCGCUGGCAUAAUGUUCUUAUUUAUGGAAAAAUUUGUUUAUUGUAAAAAUUGGAAGGUGAUCAUUUCUAUCCCCAGGAAAAAAUGCUGUUUGUGUUGUCAUAAAUACUAAAUUGGCAAACUGCUAGAGCAUGUGUCAAAGCAAAAUGGCACCAUUAUGGUUUUGAAGAGGCUGCUGUUUUUGCUGUGGUCACAUUUAUUAGAGGUUUUAGCACCGGGUCGUCAUCUGUAAUGUUUCAGCUGUAUGUAAGCUCAUGCAGGGAAGAACUAAAAUAAACCACGACUGAUGUUACUUCCCUUCGAAAUUCAAGAAGUACAAUGUGUAUAAGUUAAACCUAAAGUGUGCUUUUGCACCUAAAUUUAAUUUGUUAGGCAUUUGUCCCCAGUGUGAGUGUACACGUCUGAAGCUCCUCAGCCUUUCAUCUUCAAAUAAAAGCAAGGAAGUGAUUGUAAAUCAUUUUUUUAAUGAAAGUGUGCCCCCCCCUUUCUUUUCUUUCUUUUUUUUAAGAAAAGCGUGUGGUUGCAGUUCAUACUCAGAAUGUCUUUUUCCUUUAUACAAACAAAAAAAGAAAAGGCAAUCAGCUUGCCCUGCUGUCGACAUUGGUGGUAUUUUUCCACUUUUUUCCCUGUCAUCCUACUUAGUGUCCAGGGCUUGAGUUCAACAUAUGGAGUUGUUCUCUCUCUGUAAUGGAAAGGAUAUAAUCCUAUGAGUUGGUCAACAUCUCGCCUGUGCUUGUGUCCUUGGUGAUAGCUAUCAUAUCAAAACAUCUGGACUAAAUAAAUUAUUUCUUUACUACU